AUGUGGUGUAAUGGCAUCGUCUGUCAACAUCUGUCCCCAAAUGGGCUCGAGCUGAAGGUGAAGCAGGAUCUUCUCUCUGUGAGACUUGCUCUGUGCUGCAUCGCGACGAGGAGGAUGGUCUUUGCCCUUCAUGUGAUUGUCAUGUCUUCGGCGUUUUUCAAUCCUAGUUUUGCCUUCAGUUCUCACUUUGACGCAGGCCAGCUCAACUCCCUGCCAUCUGCAGUCGUCCUCAGAGAGCACGGGGAGCAACAGAGGAAAUUCUACGCCGUGUACCCGUCACCUCCCACUCAGGCUGCGUGUAGUGGUAUGCAGUGGAUGGAGAAAUGGGCCGGCUUGCUAAUCUUUAUACAGUUCAGUUCUACGCUUUUAACGUUUGUAUUCUCCUCUGAUGUUGCAGAUGGGGCUCCUCUGAGCGAGCUGUCUUGGCCUUCAUCUCUUGCAGUUGUCGCUGUUUCCUUUUCUGGCCUCUUCACCUUCGUCUUCCUCAUGCUGGCUUGUCUCUGCUGCAAGAAAGGAGACAUUGGUUUCAAGGAGUUUGAAAACGCUGAGGGUGAGGAGUACCAGGCAGACCUCUCCGUCCUUGCCUCGCCAUCCUCCCAGAAUGGCCCUGAGGUUUACAUCCUGCCUCUCACUGAAGUCUCCCUGCCUGUCUCCAAACAGCCCGGCAGAUCCAUCCAGCUUCUGAAAUCAUCAGACCUUGGCCGCCAUAGUCUGCUGUACCUAAAGGAGAUUGGACAUGGCUGGUUUGGAAAGGUAGUGGUGAAGGAGCUGAAGGCGAGUGCCAGUGUCCAGGAGCAGAUGCAGUUCUUGGAAGAAGUCCAGCCAUACCGAGCUCUUCACCAUCCUGCCCUCAUACAAUGUCUGGCACAAUGUUCAGAGGUCACUCCCUAUCUGCUUGUCAUGGAAUUCUGCCCUCUGGGUGACCUUAAGAAUUACCUCCAGAGCUGUGUAACUAUUGAUUCUGAAACUCCUGACAGUUUGAUCCUCCAGAAGAUGGCCUGUGACAUUGCUUCAGGGCUUCUACAUCUCCAUAAAUUCAACUUUAUCCACAGUGACUUGGCCUUGCGAAACUGUCAACUAACCUCAGACAUGUCAGUUAAGAUCGGAGACUAUGGGCUUUCACACAGCCGAUACAAGGACGACUACUACAUAACACAAGACCAAAUUUGGGUGCCUCUGCGCUGGAUUGCACCAGAGCUCAUAGAUGAAGUCCAUGGAAACUUGCUGGUUGUCGAUCAAACCAAAACUAGUAACAUAUGGUCAUUGGGAGUCACUAUGUGGGAGCUGUUUGAGUUGGGAAACCAGCCAUACAGACACUACUCUGACAGACAAGUGCUGACAUAUGCUGUUAUGCAGUUCUGCUGGCUACAACCAGAGCUCAGACCCAGCAGUGAGGAAGUACAUCUUCUGAUCACAUACUUGUGCGCCAAGGGCUCCAGUGAGGCGGAGGAAGACUUUGAGCAACGCUGGAAUACUUUGAGACCCAACCUUCUAGGCAGCACUUCUCACACAGCUGCGCCCGCAGCCCUAGUCCUGACACCCACACCCACACCCGCCUCUGCUGACCAUCACAGCACAGACGAGACCCAGGCGGUAGAGCUGGCCUCCUCUGCCUCGUCAUCCUUCCCUUUGCUGGAGCACUUCUCUGAUGGUUUCCACUCUGACACGGGAGAUGACUUACUGACUGUCACAGAGACAAGUCACGGUCUUAACUUUGAGUACAAGUGGGAGCAGGCCCGAGCAGAGCAACCCUACUGCUCCUCCUCCACCAGCGGGCAACUGGGCCAGGGUAACCCACACUACCAGGAUGUCUACUAUUCAAGCAAAGGAAGUUCCUCGGGGGGCUGCAGAACUGACAGCCUGAACUCGAGUGUGUCCCCGUCUUAUUAUGAACCUGAACACACAGGCGUUGUCCCGGUAUUAAGUGCCCACAGCCCUUCAGUCAGCAGCGAGUACUACAUUCGCAUAGAGGAACCAGUGCGGAGUAACAUCAAGCUUGAUGAUAAUGAUGUGGACUGCAGCCCUGGACUGGAAGCUAGCAUCAGCAGACAGUCUGAGGGCCAAACUGGUUCAACUAUGGCACAUUCCAGUGCUUACUGGUCCACUGUUGACACCACGGAAUUAAAUGCGAAUGACUCUGACUCAAGUCCGACCAUGGAGCCACUGCUGAGGCAUUCAUCCAGUACCAGUCCUGUAAAAUUAGGCCAAUCUCAGAAUUAUAUUCAAUCCAAUCCAAGUGUCACAGUCUACAGUGAGCACUCAGCAGCAAGAAGGUCGCAGCACCAGUCCUGUCUGUCUGAACUGGAGGUGUCUCCAGAGUAUCAGUCAAAUGUUCUGCGUCCAGGUGGCCAGUUAGAACACCAACGCAGUUUAUCACAAGCAGUCAGCAGUCCAAGCUUAGGGUUCUGUGAUCCUUAUCUUGAAGCAAACACAGGUCAUAGUGUGGUGAAUGAAACCUGCCAUGAUAUGGUGGGUCCCCUGAGAAAGACAAUUCCUAUUGUUAACCAUAUUAACAUGAAUGUGGGAACAGAUGAGGUUCUACUGAUGGGGCAGAGGGUAGGUGGAGAAAUCGAGGAAGACUUAUUCUCUGAAGGAGAAGCCACCAACUGGAUCUCAAACCAUUCAGCAAACAAUAAUAGUUUAAGCUUCGAAAGCAGACAGACAAUUUAUGGUAAUGACAGCUAUCUGGAUCUCCAAUCAAACGCCACCGAGUUAUGGUCUUUAAGCAAGGCUACCACGAAAACCUUCCAUAGCUCUAGUGCCUUGGAGGGCAGACAAGCAGACUCUGGUUGUAGUUCUGUUUUCAGAUCCCCUGAGUCAAGUUCAUACAUUCACUUAUGCAGCAAGGAAAAAAAGGAAGCUGCAAUUCAAGAGGAAAGGCAGAUAAAAAUAGAUAAGUUGCAAUGCAGUGAUCCUCGCCCUAGUUUAAAUAUAAAUACCAGUGUUGGAAGAAUUCAAAAUAUUGAAGGGCAACAUGAAAUGGUAUCACAGAUCAAUAAAGACAGGACAUAUUCAGAGGCAACACCUAAGGCAAACUAUACAAAGUGUCCAUCGUCUUCAAGGGAUCCCCAAACUGGGCAAAAACAAGCCUUAUCAGACAAGCAGAGGAGCAACAUCUGGGAGGGAGUUUCAGCUGGAGUGUGUGUGAGUCUGAGUAACAAUAGAAUAAACUGGGCUGAGACAUCAGAGGACACCAGACCCUUGGACUGUGGAGUGGGGAUAAGAGACUCCAGCAGUUGUAUGGUUGAGCUUGGUGAGUACAGUGAGGAUGAUGAUGACAUAGCAGAUAUUACAUCAGGAAUUUUUGCAGACUUCAACCUUGACUAUGGUGGGGCGGAAGACGAAGACUUCAGCCCAGAGAAGAAUCUGGAGAGGACUCCUGAAUCUGUAGACACCAUCAACUUGUCAUCAGCGGCAAGCUCCUGUGAUCAGGCCUUUAGCCCUGAUACCUUCAAUACACCCAUCUUACCCAAAUCUCUGGACAGUGGCUAUGACACAGAGAACAAUGAAUCUCCAGAGUUUCUUUUUAAGGAGCUUGGAGAUCCCUUGAGUGAAAGGAGCCCUCGGCUGGGUGGAGAACCUGAAAUUGUUCUGCAGAUGGGUUUAGGACAAGGGAUCUGCACUUCCACAAUGGCCUCAGAGCACCACGUGAAGGGCCUGGCAGACAAGAAAACAUACAGGGACUCAGCUUACUUCUCUGACUAUGAUGCAGAAAAUGAGCGGAGUCCUCAAGAAGAAGGUGGUCAAUUCUUUGCAGGUUCAGGUAAUUACUGUCCUUCUGAACAUUUGAAAUGUCGUGGAGAUGGAUUUUUUGGAAAACAGUUCACAAAUGGGAAAAAAAUAACAAAUCCACAACACAUCAAGAGCUGUGUUUUGGUGAAUCUCUCAGCAGGUGACUCAAGUUCACCCCACUGUUUUCCAACCCCUGGUUUGUCCAUGUUGUCACCGUUUCCUCCACAAAUGGGUGGCUGCCUUACCAAAGAGUCAGCCCCUGCAGAAGAUGAUCUUGGGUUGGAGACAGAGCACUCGGGGGAUGAGCCCCCCUCAGAGCUCAGCUCGUCCAUCGGUUCAGAACACUCCUGUACUGUCCAGGAGGCCUCGGCAAACCACGAUGAUGGGGGCAGGAAGGCAGAGGACUGCUCUACUGUCCAGUCAUUGUUGUCAGGUCACACCAUACCUGACUACAGAGAUGAAAACGGGGAUGGAUCUACUGAAGAGGAGGAGCUGCCUGAAUACAGCCAUGUCAGCGAGGAAACAGAGGACAAGAGGGAGUGCCUUAGAAUAAACGAAGAAGAUUUCGAAGACAUAGAUGCAGAGGAAUGCGACAGCUUAUGUGAAGAAUCUAAUUGUCCUCAUGACCUUUCCACGUCCUCAUCAUUGUUGGAGCUUUGCGGGGAAGAUGUAAGAGCUCCGCUGGAGGAGGCAGAAGGAGAAGAUGACUCAGACGACAGUGAGUCUGACGAAGAACUGAGGACGUACAACAUCCAAGAUGAAGACAGCGAGGACAGCGAGGAGGAUGUCACCCCUGUGCCAGUGGUGAUUAGUGACUGCAGCAGGGCGAGCCACCUCCGUAGCCUCCUGAAGAUGCCCACCCUGCUCACAGAGUCCUUCUGUGAUGAGCUGGACAGGAAGAAAAAAGCCGUGUCAUUCUUUGACGACGUUACAGUGUUUCUCUUUGACCAGGAAAGCCCCACAGGAGAGCUAGCUGACUAUUCCUUCUCAACAGGAGAAGAGACAAGUGGGCAGGAAUCCUCAGACUCAGAGCAAAAGACUGAGUCCUGCAAUGCCUCCUGUGUUUCUAGAGAAACAGAUGAGAAGACUUCAGAUGAGGAUUCAGACACAAGCUGUGUGUGGGGAGAUGACCCCUUCUUUGAGUCCAACACACCUUCGGCUCACAACAACCCUGAUCCUAUGUCCUCACCCACAUCCAUUUCCAACAGCCCAGAGGCUCCUAAAGCCGCCCCGGUGGCACUUAACCGUUUCAUGGUCUCACGAUUCUCGAUCACACAUGUGUGUGACCCCCAAAUGGGCUCAGCAGCAGGGAACAUUGAGGAUAAUCCCCAGGAUUGAGCUCCCUGUGACAAAGGCCAGUCGGGGGCGAGUCUAAGUCCUGCUCAACACAGAAAAGCAGCAUUAUUUGUGUUUUACAGAGUUUUAUUUUUAACUCAAUUUGGGGCAUCUGACCUCAGUGACCCUGUAUGGGACAGUGCCUCAUUGUUGUAGUGAAAUGUCCCAAACGAUUUGCACACCGCUUUUUAUUUCACAAAGAAAGAGCAAUAGAUGUAGACGUGGCAAUCGAUUGUGACGACCCCAGAAGGUGAAUUCAAAGUAAAAUCGAAUUGUUUUCAGAUGUAGAAAUCUUAUAUUCUGUAGAUUUACAUGCAGCACUCAUACAACAUUUGCUCAGUGCAGCACUCAUUUCCUUUGGUGAACGUACAGUUCUUUUAAAAAGUAUAUUACAAGAUUAAUCAGAAAAUAAAAAGAAUGAAAUAAGUGAAAUGAUAGGUCAUCAUAGCUACUCCUCUCAUUGGCUGCGUUUGCACAUCUGCUUACCAUGGAUCUGGCUUUUCUUGCAAAUUAAGACUGUUACAGCUUUCAUAGUCAGACCUGGAAGACAGUGGUUGGUUAUUGUUGCAUAAGCUGUAAUGAAUUUAUACAAAAAAACGGGACUUUAACAGUCAAGCUGGAAGUGAUAUGCUGUCACUGGAGGUGCUUAAUUUUUCUCAGAAUCCAAGUCAUUUUCAAAUCAUACCAAAUGUGGGAGUCGGUGGCUUCAAUGUGAUUUUUGAGUGUAAACAUAUAUUGCCACUACCGCUUAUCACUUUGGUGAAUGCACUUUGUGAAGCCUUAUUUAUUAAAAAUCUCUUCAACCUGGAAUAAAAACAAAAAAAAGAAAAAAUAUGUCACAUCCACAGUUUGUGUCCACACAAAGCUAUGUAAUUGUUUUCUUUUCUUAAACAUGAUUUAAUCUUCAAAUUAGAUUUAUUCAUCAGAGAAACAAUAUCAGAUGGACAGAGAAGCAUUUCCACACAAAUCAUCGUCUGUCUAAUCAUCCCGGUCAUAUCUGUGGAAUGUUAUCACCUUUAUGUAUUUUUUCUACAAAUUAUAUCAUACAUAAAGUAUUAUAUUUGUGAUGAAAGCCCAAGUCUGAGGUCUUUAAAGAAAGAAUAGAUUAAAAGAUAAUUAUUGUAUGAAUCUUAUAUCAACAUGUAGCAGGUAGCUUGACUUGAAUUACUACUGCUGUAUGGACAACCCUCUCCCCUUCUCUGUCUCUCUGUAGCUCCAAGUGCCAACGCUUUUUCCUUUCUCACCUUACCUUUUAAAUCAGCAAAACAAGAAAACAUUACCAAUAUUUUUGUAUAAACACUUAAAAAGAUGCAACAUAGAAUGACCGUCUCUCAAUUUGCCAAAGAGAUGUUACAAAGCCUUUUGGCUUAAGUGGCAGAUGCCUUUGGAGAAGGUGAGGUGGGUUGAUCUAUGCACUAGUAGUAACACCAUUGCUGUAUCCAUUUGUUCCUCACUCAUGGCUGUUGUAAUACCCAAAACAAAUAAAUCCAAGUCUUUUUUCCUCC